UCCGACGGGGGUGCGGCUCCAGGAAACCGCGCGCUCCCUGUUCAGUGCCACGGCGACCCGACGCGCCCGGACGACCCCGACGACUCAGCCAGACCACCAGGCAGGCCCCAGAGGCAGCGGCGGGGACAGCAGCUCCGCGUCCGAGCCUCGGACACCAUCGCACAGACGGGGCGGGCUGCACGGCUCGGAGCCUGGGAGGCCAUGGGGACCUGGGCGGGGCCAGCAGUCGCGGGCCAGCGGGAGCCCCGGGUCUGAAGAGCGGUAGGGCUGCGGGACGGCAGGGGCCAUGACCACGGUGUGGAAGCGCCUGCAGCGCGUAGGCAAGCGGGCGGCCAAGUUCCAGUUCGUGGCCUGUUACCACGAGCUGGUGGUGGAGUGCACCAAGAAAUGGCAGCCGGAUAAGUUGACGGUGGUGUGGACCCGGCGGAACCGACGCAUCUGCUCCAAGGCCCACAGCUGGCAGCCGGGCAUCCAGAACCCGUACCGGGGCACCGUGGUGUGGAUGGUACCUGAGAACGUGGACAUCUCCGUGACCCUGUACAGGGACCCCCACGUGGACCAGUAUGAAGCCAAAGAGUGGACAUUUGUUAUUGAGAAUGAGUCCAAAGGGCAGCGGAAGGUGCUGGCCUCUGCCGAGGUGGACCUGGCCCGCCACGCAGGGCCCGUGCCUGUCCAGGUUCCGCUGCGGCUGCGGAUGAAGGCCAAGUCGGUGAAGGUGGUGCACGCAGAGCUGAGCCUCACCCUCUCGGGGGUGCUGGUGCGCGAGGGCCGUGCCACGGACGACGACAUGCAGAGUCUCGCGAGCCUCAUGAGCGUGAAGCCCGUUGACGUGGGCAACCUGGACGACUUUGCUGAGAGCGACGAGGAGGAGGCUAGCGUUCCGGGGGCCCUCGAGGCACGGGCCCGUGCCCCCCAGCCAGGCCGGGGCGGUGCCCUGAGGCCGGGGCUGUUCCCAGAUCCCUCUCGGGAGCUGAAGACACUUCGUGAGGAGGACGAGGGCCGAGUAAGUCGGCCCCAGCAGGCAGCUGCCAGCCCUGCCAGUGCUGAGGAUGCCAGACCAGCCCCUGUGAGUGCCCCUGCGCCCCCAGUCAGGGCCUCCCGGGGCCAGGGGUCGGCACCCGCUACUGUAGCUGGGGGCCAGGUGGGGCCUGAAGCCCCAAGGCCCCCUGGAACCCCGCUGGAGAUAAGGUCCUCAGAACACCCAGGCCAGGAUGUGGCCCCCGUCCCGGCCCCUCGGCUCCGGAAAGGCUCUGAUGCCCCCUGGCCCUCAGUGCCCCCAGGGAAGGAGGAGGCCCCCAAAGCCUCAGGGGCUCCCCAAGCAGGAGCAGGUUCUGCUGGGGAGGCCCAGGCCCAGGCAAGCCCUCAGGAAGGAACAGAGGCCCGGGGUGCCAGGCCAAGCCCAGGCACUGAGGACAGAGGCUGCAGAGACGCUUUGGGGGGACAGAAGGCCGAGGUUGAGGAAGGCACCAUUGGGAACAGGACAGAGGCCAAUGGGGUGGACACUGAGCAGGCGUCAGGAGUCAGAGGAGUGACCACUCAGAGGUCAGAGGUCAGAGCUGGGGAGGCUGAACAAAAUUCAGAAGUUGCUCGAGUGGAUGCUGAGCAGAGGUCAAAGGUGAGACCUGUGGACACUACGGGACCAGAGGCUCCAGGGGUGACGUCUGAGGCAGGAUUCCAGGGAGCUCCUGAGGCCCCUCCGGGGGGCUCUCAGGAGAGCGCAGGGGUCAGGCCCGGGGACGAGGCUCCUGCUAUGCAGAGCUCACCCCCAGCAGAGCCUGCAGGGCAUUGUGGGCAUUUCAGCAACUCCCAGGGGGCCAGGGCUGCAGCAGGCCAGGAGAGAGAGGGCGCAGAGGUGAGGGGUGGGGCCUCUGGUGUCAGAGGGGCAGGCCUGGAGCAGGGCCCCUCUGUUGAAGUAGCAAGCACCGGGCCCCAGGUGAGCAGGUACCAGAAAGCUCCACCCACAGCAGACCAGGCGGCGAUGUCUAGGGAUCUGGGGCUCCGGGAGGCAGGAACUGGGGACUUGAGGGUUCUGGGAACAGAGACGAGAGUGGCAGAGUCAGAAGUCUGGGGGACCCAGGAGACAGAAACAGAGGGAUCAGGGUUCCCAAAGGGAGAGAGUGGAGCAGGACAAGCUGAAAUAGUUGAGGCCCACGAGGCAGAGGCAGCGAGGUCGGGGCUCCUGGAAGCAGAAGCUGCUGGGGUGGCAGAGCCUGAGAAACCAGAGACCCAGAAGUCGGAGGCCGGGGCUUCAGGAGUUCUGGAGACAGAGUCUAGGGUGGCAGAGGCUGAGACACUGGGGACCCCGGAGAUAAAGGGGGCUCCAGGGGCACUGAGGAUGGAAGCCGAGGUAGCAGAACCUGUCAUACUGGGAGCCCAGGAGACAGAGGUGGGGGGUUCCAGGGUCUUAGCAAUAAAGUCUGAGAUAUCAGGGACCCGAGAAGCAGAGUUAGGGGGUUCCGAGGUUCCAGGGUUCGAGUCUGAGGCAGCAGAGGCGGAGACAUCGGAGACCCGGGAGGGAACAGCGGAGGACGGUCCAGGGGGCCCAGGGAUGCAGACUGUGACGGCAGGGGCCCAGGAGACAGAGGGGGACCAUUCAGCGGUCUUGGGGCUGGAGGCUGAGAUGGCAGAGGCUGAGCGACUGGGGAUUCAACAGACAGGAACUGCAAUUUUGGAGGCUGAGAAGGCUAAGAUCUCAGGGGUCCCAGAGGCAGAGACUGGGCUCAGCCUCGCAAAGGAGGCAUUCGAGGCGCGAGUUACUGAGCAUGGAGUUUUAGGAUCCCAGGGAACAGAGACAGACACUUCUGUUUUGAGGGUGCAGGAGGUGGAAGCUGAGGCUCUGGGCAUGUCAGAGGCCAAGUCUGGGGUUUGGGGGGCCCGUGAGGCAGCGAUGGAGGGCUUAGGCCUUCCAGAGAACCAAUCUGGUGUUUUUGAGGCCCAGGGAGCAGAGGCCGGGGUCUUGGGAACCCAGAAGGGGGAAGAAGCGGAGGCCCGCCUGACUGAGGCGCAGGCGGCCAGUGGGGCAGGGGCUGGGGUGCCCGGGCCCUCAGGGGCCUCUCCCCCAGAGGAGCCUGAAGAGGACAGGAGGCUGCCGGGCAGCCAGGCGCUGCCCGCCCUGGUCAGCUCCAGCCAGUCCCUACUGGAGUGGUGCCAGGAGGUCACCGCUGGCUACCGCGGCGUCCGAGUCACCAACUUCACGACGUCUUGGCGCAACGGUUUGGCCUUCUGUGCCAUCCUGCACCGAUUCUACCCAGACAAGAUAGACUACGCCUCCCUGAACCCCCUCAACAUCAAACAGAACAACAAGCAGGCCUUCGACGGCUUCGCGGCCCUGGGCGUGUCUCGGCUGUUGGAGCCCGCCGACAUGGUGCUGCUGUCGGUGCCCGACAAGCUCAUCGUCAUGACCUACCUGUGCCAGAUCCGCGCCUUCUGCACCGGGCAGGAGCUGCAGCUGGUGCAGCUGGAGGGCGGCGGCGGCGCCGGCAUGUACCGCGUGGCCAGCGCCCCGUCCAGCCCCCCCACAGACCUGGACACCAGCGGCCUGGCGCAGCGGCUGCGCGAGCACCGGGCGGAGGCGCCAGAGGAGACCAAGGAAGCCGCGAGAUGCGUGGAUGGGGCAGCCCCCGGGGGGGCCUCCCAGGACCGCGCGGCAGAGGCCGCCCAGGAGGCGCGCUCUGCGGAGACCCUGGCCGACGGCUCUGGAGCCGGAGCGUCGGUGCCGCCCGCGGAGGGGCUGGUGAAUGGGGCUGCGGCGCCGGGCGCAGGGGCCGGCGUGCGGCUGCGGCGGCAGUCGGUGAACGGGGAGGCGGGGCCGGUGCCCCCGCCCCGCGCGCACGGCUCCUUCUCCCACGUGCGCGACGCCGACCUGCUGAAGAAGAGGCGCUCGAGGCUGCGGAACAGCAACUCCUUCUCGACAGAGGACCCCGAUGCGGGGGCAGCUGCAGGAGCCGGGCCUGCGGAAGGCCCGAUCCCCACCCCCAGCCCUCCCACAGCCACAGCCACAGCCCCACCGCAGCCCGCCGGUGGCAGUCCCCCAUCGGAGGAGCCACCCCCAAGCCCAGGGGAGGAGGCUGGGCUGCAGCGGUUCCAGGACACGAGUCAGUACGUGUGUGCGGAGCUGCAGGCCCUGGAGCAGGAGCAGAGGCAGAUCGACGGGCGGGCAGCUGAGGUGGAGACGCAGCUGAGGAGCCUCAUGGAAUCAGGUGCCAACAAGCUGCAGGAGGAGGUGCUGAUCCAGGAGUGGUUCACACUGGUCAACAAGAAGAACGCACUCAUCCGGAGGCAGGACCAGCUGCAGCUGCUCAUCGAGGAGCAGGACUUGGAGCGGAGGUUUGAGCUGCUGAGCCGAGAGCUACGGGCCAUGCUGGCCGUCGAAGACUGGCUCAAAACGGCGGCGCAGAAGCACCGAGAGCAGCUCCUGCUGGAGGAGCUGGUGUCGCUGGUCAACCAGCGCGACGAGCUGGUCCGGGACCUGGACCACAGGGAGCGGAUCGCCCUGGAGGAGGACGAACGCCUGGAGCGCGGCCUGGAACAGCGACGUCGUAAGCUGAGCCGGCAGCUGAGCCGGCGCGAACGCUGUGCGCUGAGCUGAGGCCGCGCCGCCGCCGGUGUCCUCGGCUUUUCUGUCGCUGCUCCCGGCGUGCGCUGCGGACGACCGAGCCGUCUCGGCUGCUGCACGCGGCCUGUAGGGGCCGCCGUCGCCCCUCUACUCGGAGGGGUAGGGCGGCCUUUCAGGCCCAAAAAGGGGCAGGAGCGGCUGGGCGGCGGCGCCGUCGGGCCUUAUUUAUUUGUCCGUGUGUGUGUGUGUCCGUGUGUGUGUGCGCGCGUGCGGGGUUGGGGGUCCCUGGGGCGCCUCGCAGAACCCCUCCCCGAGGGCAGGGCGCCGGCGGCCAGCCCCAGGGGAGCGGGAUGGGCGUGAACUGCCGCGCCCACGCUCCUCCUAUUGCUGUUCCUUGUGAGGAAUAAAGUUGGACAGGGCGA